AUCCUAUUAUAGUCCACCCAAAGUGGGUAUACGACUCCGGCUUCUUGGAUUAGAGUGGAGAACCACAUGUCAAAGCAGCACUUGAACAGAAGCUUGAAGUUGUUCUAAGAGCACCAUGGCUAUCCAGGGCUUUGUGGAUUGGAGGGGAAAUCCAGUCAAUAAGAAGAGGCAUGGUGGAGUCAGAACUUCAUAUUUCAUCUACUUCAUGGUAGUGAUGGGAAACAUAGCUCAUAUGGCCAAUGUACUGAACUUGGUUAAAUACCUACAUGGCACCAUGCAUAUGGGCAUUUCAAGCUCUUCAACCACAGUCACAAACUUUAUCGGCGCCGCAUGCGGGUUUUCUCUGUUAGGAGCCUUUGUUUCAGACUCAUUCAUCACACGAUUUAAAACCAUACUCAUAUUCGGCCCUGUGGCCUUCUUGGGUUAUGCAUUGCUAGCAUUGCAAGCACACCUCCCAUCACUCCAUCCAUCAGACUGUGAGAUCAAUGGGCAGCAGAAGAAUUGCGAGCAAGUUCAUGGCUUCAACUCUGCCCUGCUUUGCAUCGCUCUGUACACCAUUGCUUUGGGCGAGGGCUGUGUGCGUGCUGCCUUACCAUCUUUGGGAGGAGAUCAAUUCGACGAUAAGGAUCCAGCUGAGUCGCAACUCAAAGUCAGCUUUUUCAAUUGGUUCACAUUUGGAAUUUCUCUGGGAGGAUUCAUAGGCCUUACACUUGUGGUGUGGAUCGAGAACAACAAGGGAUGGGAUAUUGGUUUUGGUGUCUCUUCACUAACAAUUCUCCUAGGACUGGUAGCAGUAGCUAGUGGUGCUUCUUUCUAUCGCAUUCAGAUAACAAAAGGAAGUCCUCUGACUCGAAUAUUGCAGGUUUUUGUGGCAGCGUUCAAAAAUCGAAAGCUCGUGUUGCCUGAAAAUUUAGACCAACUGCAACAUAAUUCUGAGGAUAUGGAUGGCAUUGAAGGCCUUCCUCACACAAAGGGUUUCAAAUUCCUUGAUAAAGCUUCAAUUAAUCAUGGAGACACAGGAACGUGGUCCUGCACUGUAACACAAGUAGAGGAGACGAAAAUUGUACUUCAAAUGCUUCCUGUCUUAAUCAGCUCUGUGCUUGGUUACAUAUCUUCUCCUCUUCUCGUGACAUUCACUGUCCAGCAAGGCAGCACUAUGAACACAAAACUUGGGAAGAUCCACAUCUCCCCUGCAACUCUCUUUGUUAUUCCAUUGAUCUUUCAGAUGGUGAUCUUGGUAAUCUAUGAUCAAUUCAUUGUGCCCUUCGCACGAAGGAUCACAGGCUAUGUAGGCGGUGUUACUAUCUUGCAACGCGUGGGCGUUGGUUUCGCUGCUUCAGCAUUAGCAACAUGCGUGGCAGCAUUGGUGGAAAGGAAAAGAAAAAACUUGGUAGAAGAGCAUGGGCUAGAGGACUUUGAAACUGGUGUCCCCAUGUCUGUAUUUUGGCUAGGAGUGCAGUUCUUUCUUACGGGCAUUGUUGAUGUAACUUCAUUUGUUGGAUUACUGGAAUUCUUUAAUGGCGAAGCUUCAAGAGGGAUGAAAUCGAUAGGAACAGCCAUAUUCUGGUGUGUGGUUGGGUUAGCAUCCUUGUUGGGAACUUUGCUGGUUGACAUGGUGAACAAAGCUACUAGAGAUGGUGAUGGUGGAAGGGGGUGGUUAGAGGGUACCAACUUGAACAAAAGUCACCUUGAUCGGUUUUACUGGUUACUGACAGUCCUCGAACUGGCAGCUCUCUUGAAUUAUUUGUACUGGGCAAGAAGAUACGUAUAUAGGCAUGAUCCUCGUGUUCCACAAGAGCUGACUGAAAUAGAUGAUAAGGUUUCCUCACAAACAGGAGAGGUGGUUGCAGUCUAAUCGCAGCUCUACACAUUGUCAGUGCACGUGAAAGUUUUUAUCUUCCAAAGUAAUUGGAGACUUAUGACAUUAGUGUACCAAUAUUACUGAAGGCACAAACAAUAUCAGUAAGAAAACUGUUUGUUGAAUAAAGGAUUGAGUGCUAACUGAAUUAGUGGUGAAUAUGAACCCGACA